AUGGCGAAGGCUGCGCGGGAUGCUGGAGCCUUGCAUGGGGAGAGGAUUAGAUUGCAAAUCUGGUUGUCUUGGCUUUCAGGUGGUGUUCUUCCUUCGCGCAAGACAGGUGGUGAUGCUCAAAUCAUGAAGAGCCUUUGCUGCAACGAAGUCCAGCUGUGCUUUGGAUUCUUCGGAAUGUUCUUGACCGCACUUCUAACACCACAUCGGCCUGCCAAGGAAGGUGGCAACAAGAUUGCAGGACUUCGAGUCACAGAUCACAGCUCAGUUGGCAAACCUCCAGACGGCUACUUGGCUGUGCAGCCUUUUGACUUUGACAAGAAACUGUCGCACGUCAAUCGCGGCGCUGCGGCUACGAAACCGGUUGACGGUGCCGGCGGAGCAGCUGGCCUGGACACCAUGGCUGAGGAUUUGGACCAGCUGAAGUACGAUGUGGGAGAGCUGAAGGAUUUGUUGGGCAACAACAAAGGAGAGGUGAACCACAUCCGUCGCAUUGUGCUGGCAUGCGAGCGUGACAUGGAGGACUUCACUGCUGCGAUGGACGCUGUCAAUGUGGACCUUGAUGAGAUGCGCGCACGGGUUGACGCCACUCAUUCCAUCAUUACCAGCCGACAGCGCGUCGAGGCAACGAUGACUGCUGAGAUUUCCACCAUGCGUCUUGACAUUGGCGAUAUUCAAGAAGCGUUGAAGAACCAUGACUCGUGGAUGGAGGAUGUCUCCAACACUCUCCAGCAAAUGCAAGAGAAGGAGGAGAACCUUACAGAGGACAUCAUCAACCUCAAGAAUGAGAUGAACACCAAGCUGGACACCAAGGUGGACAAUGUUGCCUGGAAGGAAGCCAAUGACGACUUGGAUGCUGCCAUCAAGACUGUCCGUGACAUGGUUUCCUCCCUUCGCCUGGACGUGGACGCCCGUCGCCGGAAAGUAGAUGAAAUCCUGGCAACUAUCAGACACGACAUCACGGCAGUGGAGACUAACUUGGAGGAGUCCAAGGCCAAGAUCACCAGCGACACAGACCAAGCAGUGAAUGCCCUCAAUGGUCGCAUUGACUUCACCAAUAAAGACCUGGCAGCGACACAAGAGAGUCUCCAUACGACGCAAAAUUCGCUGAGUGACUGCUUCAACGAGGUGGCAGUUGUCCGAAGUGACUUGGAACGAAACGUGGCGGACACAGAAGCGCGCUUGAAGAACGACAUUCGCCAGAAGCAGCAAGAGGCCUAUGAUAAGAUCAACGGCGUGGAGCAACAGGCAGAGCUCCGAAGCGCGGAGGCCUCCCGCCGGCUGGGGGCCCUGGACCUCCGCAUGAGUGGAGUGCAAGGAGGUCUUGGGGAGCACAAGCGCGACAUCCUGAAGCUGCGUGAGGAAGUGAAUGGGCUGACCGUGAAGAGUGCGUCGCAUGAAGUGGAUAUCCAGAAGAACAGCGAUUCUGUUCGCAAGAUGGAGAAGCAGCGCAACAUGGAUGAGCAGAAUUGGAAAGCCCAGAUGGAUGCA